AUGGCCAUUCUCCGCUCCACCCUCCAAAUCCCAAAAUCUCUUCCCCGUCCCCGCUCCCCUAACGUAGCCAUGCAUUCGCCCCGCCUCCCCUCCGUCUUCCUCCCGCCCACCAACCGCUCGAUGCGCGAUCUCGACCGUUCGUUCUUCCAAAAAAUCAUCCCCAUUGCCGCCGCGACGGUGUUUGAUGAUCGCAAUAUCAGCGCUGUCCGGGGCGAGAUCCAGCGUGCGGGGAAUUCGCUGGGUGUGUCUAGUCUCAAGGCGAUCGUUGUCGAUGAGACGGUGCCGGGGGGGAGGAAGUAUCCCAAGACCUGGUCCCCUACCAUUGCGGAGCUGGUGGAGAAGAAGCUGGUGGGAAUUCGACCGUAUGAUCUCAAGCUGACCUAUGAGGAUUGGAGCAUGCAUAACAUCCUGGACGCCACUUUACCCGAGUUCGAAGAGGAUGACAAGGAGACUCCAGCCGGGUUUUCCCUGGUUGGCCACGUCGCACACCUCAACCUACGGGAACAAUAUCUCCCCUACAAACACCUGAUAGGCCAGGUCCUACUGGAUAAAAACCCCAACGUCCGCACGGUCAUCAACAAGACCGAAGACGUCGGCAGCACCAACCCGUACCGCACAUUCCGCUACGAAGUCCUCGCCGGACCAGACGACAUGGACGUCACCGUCUCCUUCUCCGGCUGCGAUUUCCGUUUCAACUUCGCUAAAGUAUAUUGGAAUCCCAGACUCCACACCGAGCACGAACGACUGAUCAGUAGAUUCCGAGAGGGGGAGGCAGUCUGCGAUGUCAUGGCGGGCGUGGGCCCGUUUGCCGUUCCAUCAGGGAAGAAAAGGGUCUUUGUGUCGGCGAAUGAUCUGAACCCGGAUAGCAAUGCGGGCUUGAAUUAUGCGAUCAAGAAGAAUAAGGUUGAGGAUUUUGUGACGGCGGAUUGUAUGGACGGAAGGGAGUUUAUCAGACGGGCUACGAAGGAGCUUGCGGGUAGAGAUACGAUGGUUAUUGUACCGCAACGAACGAUGAUGCCGAGGCAACGGCAGCGGAGGAGCAAGAGCCCGCCCUGGAAGGCUUCUGUGAGAGUCUUGAAGGCACCCAAGACCUUCCAGCACUAUGUCAUGAACCUGCCGGCAAGCGCAGUUGAGUUUCUAGAUGCUUUCAAGGGCACAUAUGCUGGGCGGUCAAAGGAGUUUACUCCUUAUACGGAGACGAAACUGCCUAUGGUACACGUGUAUUGCUUUUCGGAGCAGAAGGAGACAGAAGAGGGAGAUCGGGUUGCUGUCUGCGAGCUGGUGUCCAAGCAUUUAGGGCACAGGAUAUUGCCCAGCACGCCUGACACGGAGAUUCAUUUUGUGAGGAAGGUGAGUCCGAAAAAGUGCAUGUUUUGUGCUAGCUUUAGACUGCCGCCUGAGAUAGCUUUCGCUGAAUGA